CGUGUUCGCGCCGACGCACACGUUUUCUGGAUUUAUUGGCGUGAUCUUUCCCUGGAUUAUUUGGCGGAUUUAUUUCGAUUCACUGGAUUACUGGUGCAGUGUGGUGCCGUGGAUGUGUUUGGGGAUUACAAGGAUCGGCUACGAUGGUGCCUCACAGUAGCAGUAGCCACGAGAUGACGCACGGAGGCCGAAGACAGCAGUUCGGAUCGCUCAAAGUGGAUGUCAACUCGCCGACGCCGUACACGGACGCUACACAGUGCAAGAAAGUGACCAAUCACAUCAAGCGUCCCAUGAAUGCCUUCAUGGUAUGGAGCCAGAUAGAACGGCGCAAGAUAUGCGAACAAGAGCCCGAGACGCACAACGCAGAAAUCAGUAAACGUCUUGGCAUGCGCUGGAAGCACCUGUCAGACGUCGAACGUAGGCCCUACAUAGAGGAAGCCGAGCGACUGCGUCUUCUCCACAUGCAGGAAUAUCCCGACUACAAGUACAGGCCACGCAAGAAGGCAAAGAUCGCAUGUAAGCCUCAAGAAAAAUCCCACUGUUCUAAAUUGAGUAAGAAAUCGAGCCAUCAAAGAGCAGCGCGACGAUCGUCUGCUAUGCCAACUGUCACAACACACCAUCCGCUCAAACUGAAGCUCACAAUCGACGACAAACUCAAGAAGAGCAUACGACAGAGCAAACACGUACCGCUUUACGUGGGUCAGCUGACGCCACCGGCGAAGGUGCCGUCAUCGCCGACUGCAGACGAACCGGCGUCCCCGGAAAGCACAAACGUCAGUCUCUACGAAGACAUGGUGGUUGAUGUGAAGCCCUGCAUCGUUGGACUGGUUUCAUCUCCUUCACCUUCGUCGUCGUCCUCGUCAUCGUCGUCGUCCUCAUCUUCAGUGUCUUCCGUCCACUCACGUCCUUAUGCUGAUAGCUCGACGCAACUGUCCGACCUGGACGCCCUGACGGAGGUGUUUGACCUCGCUUCCAGCUGUCAACAGGAGAUGUCGCACUUCAAUCUGACGUCGUUGGGUGAUAUGGACGCUAUGGACUCUGCCAGUUCCAGCUCAGGGACGCAUUUCGAGUUUCCGGACUAUACAGCGCCCGAAGUCACUUCCAUAUUGGGCGUCGACUGGCUUUCCAAUGGUGUAGACUGUUGAAAAAGCCUCUCUAAACCAUCGCGCCACUGAUGGGUCAGUGACGGCGGUAUUUUUAGUUUUUUUUCUUAGCCCUCCUGUCAUUUGGAACGAGUAAAAAAUGGUGAGGCGGUUUUUUUUUUCUCCUCAUCGAACGCAGGAUCUCAUGGUUUGUCGGUAUAGGGGAACAAAAAAAAAAGCUCGUUGUACAUAGUUGUUAUAUCAGAAAAGCGUUUCCCUAUUCUCGAACACCACCAACUCUGGUCACCGUAAGUCAGCCCUCGCCUCUUUAUUAUUUGUUCUUAAAAAUUGCUGGUAACAAGGAAAGUGCAGUGGUCUCUGAAUGCGGUCGAUUCUCCUUAGACGUUUCGUACCAAACUAUGUGCAGCUGUGUCACGACGCGCGGGAAGUUAACGUUCAACGGUAAAGCAAAUUUCUGAACAGGAGGAUAAAGAAACGGAAAGAAAAAGACAAAAAAAAGUGUGUGCGCAUUUAGUUGCUUGUAGCCGUGUAUACUUAAGAGGAGGAAUCACUUUCUUGUGGGGGUGGGGGUAUCUGAUUUAUCUUUUGCUUACAGUAGCCUACUAUCUAUUCGCACAUUUCCUGGAAUUCUAAAAAAAAAAUAAAGCCCGAUCCCAGAUGUCCGAAAGCCAAGCCAUAGCGCGACUGGCGAACCUCUCCCGCUUAAAAGGAAUGCAUCUUCUGUGCGGAUGCUUUUCUAUCUCCUUUUUUUUCUAAUUAAUGCAGCAACAAAGAAAAACAACCCUCAGAGAUACUUGUGGUUCUCUCUUCAAAAUUGUCGACUUGGUUGCCACCAUAUGGGCAAUCUUUUCUGUAAAAAUAAGUGUUUUUAUGGAGUCAUAAACAUCCUGUUAACCGUCCGCGUUUUCGAAGACGUUUAUUUUUACCGAGUACUUACAUAUACUGGGCAUUAGAUAAGCAAUUUCUUGUAUCGGGUGUUUAUGCUUGACGCACGCGGGUUCCGUGCAUAGAAUGGCAGUGAUUCUGUUGUGUGUAUGCCUGGUUUAUUAGUACUCACGUUGGAGGAUCAAAGUUCUUUGUAGGCAGCUGUAGAACUGUGUGUAUGUUCGUGUGCUGAAGGUCGGUUGGCUUCCAGUGUGUUCUCGCGCCCCAGCACAGACAAUAAUCAUUGUUGUAAAUAAGCGCAUGUGUUUUCACUGUUCCUUUGUGAGAUACUUUGGGCAAAAGUGUUUGCUGUGGGACACAAGUGUGUGUUGUGUGCAAGUGUAUGUGGGAACUUUUGUGUACUUUUUUUUUUUUUGUGAGCGUGUCUGCUCCUGAAGUGAAUGGCCGUCAGUGGGCCACAUUGUCCAUAGUAUAUAUAUAAUUAUACAUUCAUAGAUAUAUUUGUACAUUUUAUGAAAUGCGAAAAAAAAAAAAGAUUUGUAUUAUAGUGCGCAGAGUUCACCCAAUUUUUUUAGUACACAGUGAAAUAAAUACAUUGUGCCAUUGAA